AUUGAAUUAUCCCUUCGAUUGUCGGCCUUUGUUUUACUUAUUAUUCGUUUCAAAACGCGAGCAACACGACACAUUAUAGCAAUUUUACAGUAACGAUCCUUUCAGAAACAUUUACAAUACCACGCGUGAAGACCCGGUCUACGUAUCAUUCUAAGGGCGUUUUUCACGUUUUUCUAGAUAUCUUUUUCGAAAACAUCCACACAACUUUAACCCGAAUACUUUGGUCUUUUAAACGCGCGUGAUCUAGUUAAAAGCAGGUCGUUCACAACUAAGGGUAUAUUCUUGGAUCCAAUACUGAACGAGAGGGACUGGAACGUAUUAACACGCGUUUUCUAAAAAAAAAUUAACACUGACAUUUAUACCUGCAACAAAAACAUGGAACGAAGUUACCGGUGGCUCACGGCUAUUGUCCAAGCUACGAAAGUUUGCAUCGACGACGAAUCCUAAAUCUAUUUGAUUUUAAAUAGCAUGGGAACUGUUCAAGAGUGAGAUCAAAAUCAAAAGAAAUCUCGAGUUGAGCUGGAGUGUUUUGUUUUUUGGUGAGCAACGUUAGAUUGAGGGCGACAAAACUAUCGAAGCAUCUUUGUUGCCGCGUCAAUGGCUUCAUCCGCUUCCCCACGUGGUACACAAAGUGAAUUUAACUUCAGCGAUGUGGGACUGAGAGAAGAUUUUUCGGUAGAAGACGAGUAUAUUUACGAUGAUUAUGACACGGAACCGCUCCUUAGUUCCCAGGCGGACAUGGAGCUUUCUCGGCAAGAAGUUUCUCGACAUUUUGGCGGAAAUAGAUAUUCACUUCUGAAGCGCGACGAAGCGGAAACAAACACAAUAAUACCAACAAAAUGGAGAUCCAGACGUUGUGUAAUGAGAAUUUUUGUUGUUCUAUUGUCAUGUGGAUUUGGAGCCAUGUGCGGAUACUUUAUAUCUAGAGAGUACAUUCCCGCUUGCAAAGUCGCACUGUUAUCUCAUGGGGGUUUACAAAAUAACAUGUCCGAGCCAUCCGUGCUUGAAAGUCUCCACAUGCAAAUAAUUAAUCGAAUUUCAAGUAGAAAUAUAGAGGGAUUUUUAAGAUAUCUCACAAAGGCACCUCACCCAGGUGGCUCGCCAUUUAGCAACGAACAAGCAGAGCACAUCAAAAAGAAGUGGGAAGAAUUUGGACUUGACAAAGUUGAAAUGAAGAAAUAUGAAGUGCUUCUUUCGUAUCCAGAGACCCCCGGAAUAGCAUCCAUUAAAUCAGGAGAUGGAUCAACUUUGUUUACAGCUCAGAGGAAGGAGAAAGUUCUAGAAUCAUCAGAGAAUGAUUCAAAUGUACUGCCACCAUUUAAUGCUUACUCAAGCAGUGGAAAUGUUACGGCCCACCUGGUGUACGUAAAUUACGCGAUGGUGGAGGAUUUUAUGAAGCUCAAAGAAAUGAACAUCAGCGUUGCUGGUCAUAUUGUCAUAGCCAAAUAUGGAAAGAUUUACAGAGGCGAUAAAGCCAGGAUUGCGGCAGACGAAGGUGCCAUUGGAUUGAUCUUGUACACAGACCCUGUUGAUUACAGUCCUGAAGGUGUCGACUUUACCUACCCGAAGAGCUGGUGGCUACCCCCCUCGGGGGUACAAAGAGGAACACUCCUGAAUUUCGAGCAAGGAGAUCCACUCACCCCAGGGUAUCCUGCUAGAGAUGACAUCUACAGAAUGCCGGAAGACAAACUUCACCUUCCCAGCAUUCCAGUGUACCCGGUGUCGUAUGAGGACGCCGCUCAUUUCUUGAAAUUACUAACAGUAAACGAAGCUCCUAAAGACUGGCAAGGGGGACUGGAAAUUAGGUAUAACAUCACCAUGGCAACAGAUGAUAAAAGAAAUGUCAGCCUCGACAUCAAAAUGAAGUUGGAAAAAACACCUGCAUACAAUGUUAUCGGUACAAUUACUGGCCGAGAGGAACCUGAUCGUCUAGUGUUGCUGGGAAGUCACAGAGACGCUUGGACCUUUGGCGCCGCCGAUGCAUCCAGCGGUACCGCCGCCCUGAUAGAAAUUUCCAAGAAAUUGGGAGAAAUGAAGGCUGAAGGAUGGAAGCCUCGCAGGACCAUAGUGCUUUGCAGCUGGGGAGUAGAGGAAUAUGGUAUGCUUGGCUCCACUGAAUGGGCUGAGGACUUUGCCAAUCUCCUCUCUAACCGAGCUGUUGUCUAUCUCAAUGUAGACGUUGCUGUGAAAGGAAAUUAUACUUUGAGGGUCCAAUCAAGUCCUCUGUUGGAAUUUGCUUUUAUGGAGGCAACUAAAAAGAUUCAAGCUCCAGGGUCAAAAGACUCUGAAGAGACGCUUUAUGAAGACUGGAAGAACAAGCUCCCCGAUAAAAAAGAUUCUAACUUGCCCACUGUGACCAAAGUAGGAUCCGGAAGUGACCACACCACUGUCUACUUCAGGCUGGGAAUACCUUCAGUCUACUUCGAGUAUACUUAUAACAAGAAAAAGUGGAGCGUCUCCAACUACCCAGUCUACCACAGCGUGCACGACACAUUUCACUGGAUGAAGACGUUUGUUGAUCGCGAUUUUGAGUAUCAUCGCGCAGUGGCUCAGCUAUGGCUUCAGAUCAGUCUGACUCUGGCUGAUCAGCCAUUGAUUCCCUUCAACUGCAUAAAGUAUGCUGACAGGUUGACUUUUUAUGCUAAGGACAUCAACAAUAAAUACGAGAACAUACUGACGCAGCAGAAUAUUACUCUCGAUCAUUUCAUGUCCGCCGUGAAAAACUUUAGCAACGCUGCCUCCACAUUCAAUGGCUGGUUGAAUUCUGUGGAUCAAAAUGAUCCUCUAGCCCUGCGAAUAGCCAAUGAUCGUCUAAUGCAGAUAGAAAGAGCUUUCAUCAACCCCCAAGGACUGCCGGGAAGGCCUUACAUGCGUCACGUACUUUUUGCUCCCAGUGCCCACAACGCGUACGCCGGGAGUAGUUUUCCAGGACUGGUUGAUGCUCUGUACUCUGUGCAAUACCUAAAAGAGGAAGACUGGGAACUGGUCAAGAAGGAGUUGUCCGUUGCAACGUUUUAUAUCCAGUCUGCUACUAAUGUUAUGCUCUUUGAAUCUCUGUGACUGAUACAAGAAGCUCACUGGCU